CAGGGUGGGCAGGGUGGGACAGCCGGCCCAUGUCCCCCUGUGCCAGGGCGGUCGGAGUCUCACCCACAGCACUGGUUCCUAGGGAGGGCAGACAAACGUGUUGCGGGGGCUGUGGGGCGAGAUGAGGCAAUGUUGGCAGGGUGCCAGCCCCCGACAGGGUCGAGGAGCAGUUAUCUCGGCUCACACACGCACCCUGCACGCAGCCAGAUGCGAGCUGGUACGCUCUGUGCUGCUGAUUGCCUCACCGGCAGCAGCGGCGCGGGAGGACGCGGCUUCACGGGUGCGCUUACAUGAAACGAUUCGAGUGGGGGUGUGGGGGUACCGAGGCUCGGCUUUCAGGUUCAUCUCCUAUGGAGGCACAAGCACACCUUUUUGGGACUGCACCUUCGCUCGCUGACGCGCUCGGGGCCCCGGUGACGAGUGUAGUGCCCGGCACAGUGGCUAAAAUGCUUUUACCUUCUCGCAGAGCAGGGCAAAGCGGGACGCGGAAACCGGGACGUGGAGACCCCGCCGCUCUGCCCCGUCCCGUCCCGCGCGGGCUCCGAGCGCGGUCGGGGCAGUGGCAACCGCCGACCCCCGCCCGCCGGGGCAGCCCCGCCGGAGGGGGCGUGGCUCAGGCUACAGCAGAGCCAAUGAGGAUGCUACAACAGGAUGGCCCCGCUGCCGUCAAGCGGGAGGAGGAUGACUUGGGCAAGUUCGUGGACUUGGACUUCAUCCUGGCGCACACCAGCAGUGGCGGGCAGGGGCCGACCGGCCCCAACUACCCCCUGCCCGAGACCCCCGAGAGCUGUGGCACCACCUACGACAGCGACGGCUCGUACUCCACGCCGGGCAAGUUCCCUGCGCCUUACCCCGAGGGCCAGGGCCACAGCUACGUGGCUGAGCUGCUCACCCCGGACCUGCCCGGCCACUACGACCCGCAGCGGAGGGAGUACACGGAGCUGCGGGUGCCCGGCGGGCCCCAUCACCACCCUCACCCCCAUCACCACCCGCCCCUCCACCCAGCCCUAGCCCGCCCACUGCCCCUGGACCCCGCGCAGUCCUUCGGACCCCGCAUCAAGAAGGAGCAGCCGGAGGAACGCGCCUGCAUGCUGGGGAUGUCUGCCGCCGAGUACCUGGGACCGGGCGGCGGCGAGCACAAGCCACGCGUGGCGCCGGGUCCCGGGCCGGGACCGGUGCCGGGGCCGCCGCUGCCCUACCCGGGCUUCCCCCACGGCCGCUUGGGGCCCCCCGAGGAGCCGCUGCCUGGCGCCGAUCCCCACCUCUUGGCCGACCUGCCGCCCCACUACGCCGUGGCCCCGCACCGCUAUGCGCCCCACUUCGCCCCCCAGCCGCCACCGCAGUUUCAUGGACAUUUCAGUGUUUACAGGGAGCCCCUGAAGGGGCCGGGCCCGGGCCCGGCGGGGCUGCCCGGGCUGCUGGUCACGCCGCCCAACUCCCCGGUGCUGGAGUACUUCCCGACCGGGGCUCCCCCCGAGGACUGCAAGCCCAAGCGCGGCCGCCGCUCAUGGGCGCGCAAGCGAACGGCCACGCACAACUGUGAAUACCCGGGCUGCGGCAAGACCUACACCAAGAGCUCGCACCUCAAGGCGCACAUGCGGACCCACACGGGUAAGGGCGCGCCGGGGCGGGGACACACACGGAGGGUCCCGGGCGCGGGUACCGCGGCACGUGGCGAGAAGCCCUACCACUGCACCUGGGAAGGAUGUGGCUGGAAAUUCGCCCGCUCCGAUGAGCUGACCCGCCACUACCGCAAGCACACAGGGCACCGGCCGUUCCAGUGCCACCUCUGCGAGCGGGCUUUCUCCCGCUCAGACCACCUCGCUCUCCACAUGAAGCGGCACAUGUGAGCAGUGGCUGCGGCCGGACUCGAUGUCCCCGGAGCUAGCUCACGGUGUAAAUAGUGUCGGGCCAGGGAUGGCAGUGGGGAGCAGCCUGGCCACCCAGCCCCCUCUGCUUGUAGUUGAUAACUAGUUUUCUCCUCCUGCUCCUGUGAGAGCUGGCCCAGCCAAGUGGUGGGGAAGGGCUGCUUUGGGGAUGUAUGUGGGGAGCAAAACUGCAAGAAACAUCUGCCCAGUCAUCACCACUCAGCUCCCCAUGCCUGGAGAGUUCCCCCCAGCCAGGUACCCAGUGAGUGGUGGAGCUGGUGCAUAAGGGAUCUGUCCCCAGAACUCCUGGCUUGUAUUUGGCAUCAGCUUAAUCUUCUUCCCCCAGAUUCUGGCACCCCCCUGGCUCUAGGGGCUGUGGUGGCUGACUCUCGCUGCUUUUUGGCUGGAGAGCCAUGCCAGUUGGGCACGUUGGUUGUGGUGCUGGGAAAUGGGUUGCUGGUUGUCUCGGUUGUGAUCAUCAGAACAAACCUGACCCAAAGCCCAGAGUGGAUGGGGUGAAGGUGGGAUUUGACUGGCUCAUGGCUAUAAAGGUUUGCAGGUGUUGGCAGCACAGCGUCACCUUGCACAGAGGACAGGGAUGCUCCUGUCACCAGCCUGGGACCCCCCUGGCCAUUCCCAGUUUUCCACUCAAGAGCCUAAAAUGUCUCUCCUGGCUCUUGUCUGCUUUAUUUUGUCUUGUUCUUCCCCUCAGGAUGACACCAGGUACUGCUGCAGCUGCCUUCCCCAUGCUGCUUUUUAAAAUUUAGUAUGUAAAGGACAGUGAGUCCAGCUAUGAAUGCCCAGGUCUCUGCUAUACUUGAAAUUUUUGUAGAGGGAGGGGACAAAAAGAAAGCUCAAAAGAAAAUGAGUCUUUUUAUGUGCAGCUUCUGCAAAGCAAGUUGUAAAUUAAACAAAGCAGUAAUAUAUAAUGUUUCUGGUUUUUUUAAUAUAUUUUCUUCGAGCUGGGAACACAGAUGAGUCUCAGCUUUGGGAAGUGCACUGUUCCCGUCUGUGUAUAUUGUUAAUUAACAUUUCUCUGCUUGGGCACGUUAGGUCUCUUGCACUCUGAAAUGUUACUUUUCUUUAUAUGCAAACUGUUGAAAUAUUGUGAUCUGCUGUAUAAUAAAUAAACAAGAUGUAAACAUGAAA